CCUGAGGGCUAUUUGACAUCGCCUUUCCCACGUGUUCUCUUCCAUCCAGAAGCUGCGGCGCCAGCACUGACCCCGGCCCUCCAACCCCAGACUCGUCUGGCCUUGCAGCACCCCCAGACUCGCACUGGUGUCGGAUGCGAGAGGCUCUGCUUAAGUAAGAAAGCAGGCCUUACUGGAGACAAUUCAAGCAAAACUUGGACAACUAUUUUUCCAGAACAGAAAGGAAACUCAUGCAUCAGAAAAGGUGACUAAUAAACAUACCAAAAGAAUAUGGCUGCACAAAUACCAGAAUCUGAUCAGAUAAAACAGUUUAAGGAAUUUCUCGGAACCUACAAUAAACUUACAGAAACCUGCUUUUUGGACUGUGUUAAAGACUUCACAACAAGAGAAGUGAAACCUGAAGAGACCAUCUGUUCAGAACAUUGCUUACAGAAAUAUUUAAAAAUGACACAAAGAAUAUCUAUGAGAUUUCAGGAAUAUCAUAUUCAGCAGAAUGAAGCCCUAGCAGCCAAAGCAGGACUCCUUGGCCAACCACGAUAAAGAAGUCUCAACGGAUAGACUCCUGAUGAAAGACUGCCAGCAGUGUUGCCUGGAAAGUAAGGAUUCAUCUGAUAGAAUCCCCUGAAAGCACAAGCUGCCAUGUUAAACCAUCUGUCAUGACUGUUUGGCAAAUGGAAACCACUGAUGAAACAAAAUUGCUAUUCACUAGGAAUAAUCAAAAUAGGAGGUCUUAUUGUUCAAUGAAAAUAAUAAGAUGCAACAUUUGUUAAGGUCUUCAGAUUCAGAAGCUCUGUCUCUUGAUUAGAAAAAUAAACCAUUAUUUCGUCAGUUGUGAAUGUUAAUUUUAAAGCAAAAUAUGUGUUCUACCAUGUAUGAGACAGAGAAAAAGUUUUAUUACUAAAAGUAAAAUAAAUGGAAGUAUCACUGAGCAGUUGUUUAUACUAUAUAGUACCAUACUAUUCUGACUGGACUGAGGAUACGUUGAAAUGUUUUUCAAUCAGGAUCAUCCUCCAAAUAUUCCUAUUCAUUCAUAUCUGCCUCAAAUUGCUAGUAAAUACAUAAAAUAGUUACUUGCUAAUCAUUUCAAUGCAUGAUCUUUUUCUUGCCUCCCUUCUUGUGUCAGGGUGGACAUUACACAUUCUUAUCCUAGCUACCUUUUCACAUAUCUUCAGGAAACAUUCCAUCUGAGACUAGCUUGGGAAUAUUUAAGACCAUUAUGCUCUACUGGAGACUGUUGUUUUAUGUCUUGUUCAAAGAUGAGAGUCCAUUAUGAAUGAUUCUGAGUCAGACCAACAAACAAUAUUCAGUGUAUUCUCAGCCAUGAUGUGAUCAGUGUAAUAAAAAGUGAACCAAAGUUAAAGUAGUGUCUUAUGACCAAAUGAACUCUAAAUCAAAUCCUUUCCUGCAUUUUCAGGAACUUCUAGUUGUGCAUAAGUAUAACAAGCAGUUUAGUAAAUGUAAGUGAACUAAUACCCACUAAUAAAUUGGCUAUGGAUGGAUUUCACUUGAUACCAAUCUAAAAAGAACAUAAAUAGCCUAUAUGUAAAAAUUUUUUGAAGUGAUUUCUAUGUUUUGUCAUAUGAGAAAGUAGAAGUAAUGUUCUGCUUGGAUAAUUUGUGGUUUUCUAUAUUACAUCUAAUUUUUAAGCCACUGGAUCAUUUAACUUACAGUCCACUUAAGAUGAAGUAAUUAAGCCUCUUUCACAUACCUUUGACGCCAUAAUUACAGUCAAUAAUUUUAGACUUUAGGUUUGUGUCUAGACACCUAACUUUACAUUUUCAACAUAAAUGUUCAUUGCUGGGUUUUUAGUAACUUUUCUUAGACAUUUACAGAAGGCAUUUAUUAAAUGAAAUAUAUUAGUAUUUCACAAAAAGGUUUGUUUUAAAAACAUGGCCAUAUAGAGAUGACAAAAUAAGUCAGAAUAUUUUGUAUUAAACCUUUUACAGAAAAAGAUUUAACAGUGACUGCUUUCAAGCUGAUGGAACUAAUGUGAUACAAAAAUAAUUUGAUUAACUCAACCAAUAAACAAUCAAAUCAGUUAAUCAGAAAUUUCAAAAUUACUGGCUCUAUGGUUCCGUAUAUACAUAACCACAAUUGAGAUGGCUAUAGAACGAGACAGCAAAAUAAUAAAAAUUGGGGGUGAUGGCAGAGGGAAGUGGCAAAAAUUGAGAUUAUAGAAACUGGGUGAAAAAUUAUUACAUUAGCACACUGGUUCUCAGCCAGUAUAUUAUAUUGGAAUGAACAAGGUUUAAAAUAUAUUGAUGCCUAUGUUCCACCCCAGAGAGUCUGUUUUAAUUGGUUUGGGAUGGUGUGGGGAUUUAGAGAAUAAGCAACCAGGAUGAGAACUGCAUUAGAAGUAAACUACAGUAAAAGUAUAUAACCCUUAAAGUAUAUAACCCCAGUUAAUCAAUUUUGGGGUUCACAAAAAUGUUACCACCUUUGAGGUAAAAAUUUUAACUCAACUUUGUAAUUUUUGUUUUAAUCUCAAUAUUUGUGACAUUCACCUCUAAAUGUGAAUUAUUACAUGGUAGCUCUUAAAGUGAAUAAAAAUAAUGUAAUAAUUA